AGAGUGUGGGUAGCGUGGAGGAGGUUGGCUUCUCUUUGCAGAGGGACCAUAAACUGUAUGUAUAUAUAUAUAUAUAUAAAUAUAUGUGGGUUCAAUACAUAUUGUUCUGCAGCCGCCUUACUGCCCACUUGAGACACACUCUUAGAGAUGAUCUUUCUGUGUAGUCACAAUGGAAGAGAAUUGAUGUAACACGCCGGACUCGGAGGGGCUCUGGCAUAUUCGGCGUGUAUUGAGACUUCUUUUCAGACUCGGAGUACUAACAGGAGUCUGAAGACAGGUAUCGUGAACAUUGUCGUGACAUCAAAAGUCAUAGGGACAGAUCUAUAACCACCAUCGCUGUUCUUCGUUAAUGUAAUUUCCCACCUAGGACUCUUGAGUCCGAGCUCAGCAACACUCGCUAGAAACUGCGGAAUCGUGUCCAGAAGUACUGUCUCGCCUUUCUGAAAUCGACCUUCCGUGCGCACUAAACGGCCGAGACGCUGAGGUCAGCGGAGAAAGAAAACACUGGAGUGAAGUUCAAGAGCGGCAGAGAGGGAAUGCAGCCCGUUCCAUUGCUCCUUCACCUUCUGCUUCUAGCCGCGGUUCUUUCUCGGGUGACAGGCAACAGGAAAGAGGAGCAGCGUGUCUGCAGAGAAGAGAGCUUCGGUGACGAUGCCCAUGACGUGGCGCUCAAUUGCUCAGAUCCAUCCUAUGCCCAGCCUGUCCUUGUCCAGUGGCGCUGGUCCCAACUUUCGGGCCCGACAAAGGAGGUUCUGUUGCUGCAACUUCUGAAUGGCAACUUGACGAAGUACACGGGGAGGGCGGCGCUGGCUUUCUCCACCCAGUCCUGCGUCAACAGCGGAGACUGCACUCUUACCCUGAAACCUCGGAAGGACGAUACCGGAUUGUAUCAUUGUGUGGUUUGGACCAAACUUCGCAUCACAGAAACAAAGAUCCGCUUGGUAUAUAAAGCAGGUGAUUUCAAAACUGCCUACAUCGUGGCAGGAGCAUGUGGCGGAGUGCUGAUGAUUGCAGUUGUCAUCCUGUUGAUAUAUCUCAGAAGGAGAGCGAGGAAUCUGGAUGGUUCUUUUGACCUUCAGAUGCAUCGGCAAAAUAGGGAGAACCAAGAACCCUUGUAUGCUAACCUCAACCAAGCUGAACGUGACCUCUAUAGCAAUCUGAAAGUGUAAGAUCCAAAGAUCAAUGAUGUGUGAACCCUGUGGGUCAGCGAGAAGGACUGACAUUGGAAGGAUACUUCUAUAAGGUGUAGAACGACAACAAACACCUAUUUUCUACUGCACUCCUCACACAUUGCGAUAGAUACCUCAAGAAACAAAUAAAACAUUUUUUUAUUGAAUUUUCUAUAUCAAUCACUUAAACAGCUCUGAGUAAUCAAGGACACAUAAGCCAUGAAUGUUGUGAACCUAACUUCCAUUGAUGACACUCUGCAAUCCUUGUUGGCCUUUUGCCGCCAUGGUUUGUGGAGCGGAACUUAAAACUUACUUGCAUGCGCUGUUGUUGCAAGCUAAUCAUUAAUUUCUACUGGAUAACUUUUAACAUGUAUUUUCACUUCAGAAAUGUGUAAUAUGUCUUAUAUUCCAAAUAAAAGGAUUUAACCUG